AUGGUUACUAUCACUAUUCCCGACAAUUACGGCGCCGUCAUUGGCGUCGCCCUCGGCGCCAUCCCUGUCCUGGGCUUCAUUCACGGUAACGUCACUGGCUCAUUCCGCAAACAGGCCAAGGUACCAUACCCACACUGCUACGCAUCCUUGGAGCAGUGCAAGGAAAAUGCCAAGGCCGAGCAGUUCAAUUGCGCCCAGCGCGCUCACGCCAACUUCUUGGAGAACUCGUCACAGACUAUGCUUUUCACCCUUGUUGCUGGACUGAAGUACCCUGAGCUCGCUGCCGGUAUUGGUUCUUUGUGGGUGUUCUUCCGUGUCCUUUUCCUUUACGGAUACGUGUACUCUGGCAAGCCUCAAGGCAAGGGUCGCAUGAUUGGCGCUUUCUUCUGGCUUGCACAGGGUGCUCUUUGGGGUUUGAGUGCGAUCGGUGUUGGCCGAGAUCUACUCUCAUUCUAA